UUUCUACAAGUAUAAGCUUCUCUUGCUUCGUCCUUCCCUUUAUAACUCUUUUACUUUCCUUCUGUCUUUUCCAUUUCUUCUUUUGUUCCCACUGAAAGGGUCCACUGGCCACCCCAAGCUCACUGCAAACACACAUGCCUUUUUUUGGUCACAGAGACCAGCCUUAGAUCUCAGACUCCCAGUGCCUCCAGGGUAUAGCAAUCAUAUUUCUAGGUUAAAAAUCAAGGCACAUGACAGCUGAUAACAGAUAUAUCUACUUUGGUGAGCAAUUAGAUAGAAUAUUUGAUAUUAGGAUUGUCUUCGGAAAUCUGGAUACAAAGAAAUAAUAUCCUAUUCUGUCUUUAAGCAUAAUGCAGGACUCUUAACCCUCCCCAUCCUCUUAUUCAUGUCCAAAAGUUUUGUUGAUGUGGGAGUGGGAAACACUAUGUGUCCCACUCACUUGUAAGUCUGAGCAAGAGCUUCCCUAUAUUUAGUGCUUCCUCUGAAAUGUCCUGGGGAUUGGAAAUUAUUUUGUUAGAAGCCACAGUAGUGCUGUCCUAAGGCUCAGAGCUCUUUGAGUACCUUGCUAGAAUGAUGCUGCACCAUCUUCUGGCUUUAUGAUAGACUUGCAAGAUGAAGGAUGGUAACAGUUGGAUUUUGGCAGGGAGGGAAUAUAAACCAGUUUGGGAAUAGAGAAUAUAAUCUCUGCUAUAGCUACUCCCAAAUGGCCUUUUCUUGGUUUUCUUUUUUAUAGCUCUGUACCAUUUGAUAAUGUUGAUGAGCUCUUGCUGCUUGAAACUCUUGUCUUUGACUUUUGAGAGAUCAUGCUCCUUUGUAUCCUAAUGAUGUGCUAACAGCUUCUUUUAGUUUUAUUUAUGUAGCUCUUUUUCUGUUCCUUACCUCACGUUCCAUCUUUAAGCAUAAAUCUUGAUUUCCCAAGGCUUCUGGCCUUCUUAGCACUUUUUUCCAGGGCAAACUCUGAUUUUCACAAUUUCUUCUGGGCCAUUGAUUCCCAAACCUGUAUAUAUACCCUAAUCUCUCUUGAGCUUCCCACCCACCUGCAUGUCCUGCUGGUCCCCCAUAUUUAACACCUUAAAGAGAAAAUUUGUCAUCACUUCUUUUGCAAAGCCAAGCCAAUAUUUCCUCCUAAUUUGUCCUAUGCUUUAAUUGACGUUUGCACCCAAAAAUUAACUUUGACCUUUUUCUUUUCCUCAAACUAAAUUCAAGGUCCUUCAAACAUGACUUCACUCACCUUUUUAGCCGUCACUCCCUCCACUCCCCUUUCCCAACCCUAACCUCUCCAAACUCCACUACUUGUUCACCAUCACAUUUCCCAGUCUUCUUCUCUGAGACUUGGCUUAAUCUCAUUUCUCUGCUUCAAAUGCCCCUCCCUUUCCUUCUGUAUCUGGUACCAUCCUACCCAUUCUUUAAGGGCUAUCUUCAUUGCCACACAAAACCUUUCUAUAGCCCAAUACCCAUGUGUAAUCAACCUCCUUUCUCUGAAGUCUUGUACUAGGCCAGCACGUGCCAGGCACUGUAUAUCCACCAUCUGAGUUCACCCUCUCUAUAACCCUGCCUGUGAGGCAAACAUUAUUACCCCCAUUUUGCAGAUGAAAAAACUGAGACCCAAGGUUGUAUAGUUAGAAACUCUUUGGCUUUUGUGAAAUUAUACUCCUAGAUGUCAUAAUUACAUGCUGACAAUUACAUUUAAGUUUGUCUUUCUGACUCCUCUUCUAUUCCUCACCUCCUAUUGUCAUUGCUACUUUCUAAAGUAGUAAAGCCCAGAAUCGAAGGUAGGUAUGCGUGCCCAUAAAACCACCUUUGCGUCCUGCUGGAAAGAUAUGCAUUGUUGGUACCUGGAAACCCUUUGUUCUUCAGGUAAGGACUGCAGCUGAGUCACAGUGAGCAGAUCCCUGCACACAGUAGGAGCUCAAUGAAUGAAUGUUGGAUGGAAGAUGGAUGAGCAGAGCAAAGUGCAUUUUAACAAAAAUUGUGGCAAGUUAAAAGUUAAUUCUGUACACAAAUGGAAGAUUUGGAACCAAUUUCCAGGUUAAGUUUAGUUUACAUUUUCAAAACAACUCAGAAGAUGAGGGAGGAACAUCCCCUUGCUCCUGCUUGUGUUUGUGAGGAGAGAACACAGAAGACCCACACAGCUGUUAACACCUUCUGGAUUAGCGUUCCUCUCACCUCCAUGCACAUACCUGUCAGCUCUCAGUUCAGUGUUUUAUACCCUACAAAGCAGAUGGUAGAGUAGAAUUAUCCCCAUUUUAUAGGUGAAGAAACUGGGACCCAGAGGCAGAAUAGUUUAUAAGUUAAGAGCAGAGUCUCUAGAGCCAGACUGUGCCUCUACUGGAAUAAUGGCUUCAAUAGUUAUUGGCUGUGUGAACUGCAAAUUAUUUAACUUCUUUGAGCUUCAGCUACCUCAUCUGUAAGAUAUGAAUGGUAAUAGUUUUUCCUUAAAGGGCUGCUGUGAGGCUUGAAUGAAUUAAUGUAUAUAACGUGUUUAGAAUAGUGCCUGACAUAAUAGCGCUCUGUAUUAGCUAACAUCAUCAUAAUUAUCAUUACACCUUUAGCUAGUAGUAUAACAAGGUCUUAAAUUCAGAUUAUUUUUUCUACCUGUACUCCCUCUCUGUGGUGUUAUGUUAGAAAAAACACUAGUCCAGGAGGCUGACCAUUUGAUGACUGUAGGCAAGUUACUUUUGUUAAACCUCAUCUAUAAAAUGAGGGCAUGAAGGUGAUGAUCUUUAAAAUUCUGUCCAAUUCUGACAGUCAUUGAUUCUAAGUAGGCCCUGACAACAGGCUUGCAAGUUGGUUAGUUGUUUUUGUGACCACUAGGUCCUAGAUUGGCUUUGUCCAGGGUAUAGCUGAGCCUUGUGACCUGAGGGCCCAGGUAUAUCAGCUGGACUAAAUGGGGGACAAAAGUCAGCGAUCUGCUUCUGGGAAAAGCCAGGCAUGGAGUUCCUGAAAAGAAGACUGCAAAGUAAAAAAGUAUAGACAGUGGAAUCAGCCAGAUCUGGGCCUGGGAGACCUCAAAGAGCACCACAGAUAGUGUCCUGAGCAGAAGCUGAUCACUGGAGAUUCCAUCGUUAGUGCUGAGGCAGUAUGGGAUCACGUCACCAUGGCCAACCGGGAGUUGGCAUUUAAAGCUGGCGACGUCAUCAAAGUCUUGGAUGCUUCCAACAAGGAUUGGUGGUGGGGCCAGAUCGACGAUGAGGAGGGAUGGUUUCCUGCCAGCUUUGUGAGGCUCUGGGUGAACCAGGAGGAUGAGGUGGAGGAGGGGCCCAGCGAUGUGCAGAACGGACACCUGGACCCCAAUUCAGACUGCCUCUGUCUGGGGCGGCCACUACAGAACCGGGACCAGAUGCGGGCCAAUGUCAUCAAUGAGAUAAUGAGCACUGAGCGUCACUACAUCAAGCACCUCAAGGAUAUUUGUGAGGGCUAUCUGAAGCAGUGCCGGAAGAGAAGGGACAUGUUCAGCGACGAGCAACUGAAGGUAAUCUUUGGGAACAUUGAAGAUAUCUACAGAUUUCAGAUGGGCUUUGUGAGAGACCUGGAGAAACAGUAUAACAAUGAUGACCCCCACCUCAGUGAGAUAGGACCCUGCUUCCUAGAGCACCAAGAUGGAUUCUGGAUAUACUCUGAGUAUUGUAACAACCACCUGGAUGCUUGCAUGGAGCUCUCCAAACUGAUGAAGGACAGCCGCUACCAGCACUUCUUUGAGGCCUGUCGCCUCUUGCAGCAGAUGAUUGACAUUGCUAUCGAUGGUUUCCUUUUGACUCCAGUGCAGAAGAUCUGCAAGUAUCCCUUACAGUUGGCUGAGCUCCUAAAGUAUACUGCCCAAGACCACAGUGACUACAGGUAUGUGGCAGCUGCUUUGGCUGUCAUGAGAAACGUGACUCAGCAGAUCAACGAACGCAAGCGACGUUUAGAGAAUAUUGACAAGAUUGCUCAGUGGCAGGCUUCUGUCCUAGACUGGGAGGGCGAGGACAUCCUAGACAGGAGCUCGGAGCUGAUCUACACUGGGGAGAUGGCCUGGAUCUACCAGCCCUACGGCCGCAACCAGCAGCGGGUCUUCUUCCUGUUUGACCACCAGAUGGUCCUCUGCAAGAAGGACCUAAUCCGGAGAGACAUCCUGUACUACAAAGGCCGCAUUGACAUGGAUAAAUAUGAGGUAGUUGACAUUGAGGAUGGCAGAGAUGAUGACUUUAAUGUCAGCAUGAAGAAUGCCUUUAAGCUUCACAACAAGGAGACUGAGGAGAUACAUCUGUUCUUUGCCAAGAAGCUGGAGGAAAAAAUACGCUGGCUCAGGGCUUUCAGAGAAGAGAGGAAAAUGGUACAGGAAGAUGAAAAAAUUGGCUUUGAAAUUUCUGAAAACCAGAAGAGGCAGGCUGCAAUGACUGUGAGAAAAGUCCCUAAGCAAAAAGGUGUCAACUCUGCCCGCUCAGUUCCUCCUUCCUACCCACCACCGCAGGACCCGUUAAACCACGGCCAGUACCUGGUCCCCGAUGGCAUCGCUCAGUCGCAGGUCUUUGAGUUCACCGAACCCAAGCGCAGCCAGUCACCAUUCUGGCAAAACUUCAGCAGGUUAACCCCCUUCAAAAAAUGAUACCUACAGGGAGGCAGAUAAUUUUAAAAUAAAGUAAAUAAAAUUAUAUUUAUAGAUGGACCUUUUUUCGGAGAAGCACUGUUGAAAUUUAUACACACACACACACACACACAGACCCUUGAGUACACAUAUACACACACACACACACACACACAGACACACACACACACACACACACACACAAAGAGAGAGAGAGAGAGAUAAGGAACAAAAGUGUUUUCUGUUGUUUUGGGGAAGUGAAAUAUGUGGUUGGUAGGAAGAGGUACCAAUGACUUCCAAACAUGUGAUUCCGUCUUAAAAGUUUUCCAUUUUUACCCUGUCCCCCUUCCCUUUGCUUUCAGAAGUUGACAUUUCUAUUCAUUCCUUUUCUUGUUAAGAUAAUCUCUUUACUCCCCUGUGAGUGAUUCACUGCCUUGUCAUUAUUACGAUAGAUGUGUUUGUAUUGUUUUUUUUUUUCUGAUGAUACUGAUGUUGAUGAAUUUUUAAUUUUAUUUGAUGUGGUAGAGUUGGGAGGUUUCAGGGUUUUUUCCCCUCUUUUACUUUCCGUUGAGGAAGGGAAUGAGCUCCUUUCUCCUCUCCUUCAGCCAAUCAUUAUCAAAUGUUCCUUCAGCCCUGCAGUUGCCCCAAAUAACCUUUUUUCAGCAUCCUCUGUCCUCAGUCAUGCCAGUCUGGACAUGCUCUGUUGUGCCCUGUGACAAAACUGCUCAGUAUUCCUAUUGCUUUUACUGUGUUUUAGGUACUGUGAAGGGAUCAAAAAACCAAACAGAAGCAAGGGAGUAUCAGACUAUGAUGAUGCUGGAGUGGACUUCUGUUCAGGGAACAUUUUGCAUUUGGGCUGUUUCUUCUAUCACUGGGGUUUCCCAUGUUGCAGCACUUCUGGGUCAUUGCAAUUUUGCAUCUAGGAGUUAGUUUGAUCGAGUUAUUCUCUUUUUUCAAGUCACUUUUGUUAUAGGUCUCCCCCUAGGCCUGUCUCUCCCUUAGCCCAAAAGAUCUGAACUGGAAGCAGAGGUUGAGAUUCUGCCUCCCAGGAGAGGGAUUUACCUGCCCCCUAGUACCAGAUAGGUUUAGGGCAGUGAUCUCUACAGCAAUCAGUUCAGUGUCCUGGUUGUCCCUGCUCCCAUUUACAGAUGUUUGGGCAGCAUUGAUAGAAGUAUGGAGGGGUUCAAGACAGAGCCCACCUGACCAAGAUCAUCAGCUACCUUCAAAUUAUUGACCUGGACAGGGUCCAAGGCUGAUAGUAACCUUUUACAAGAAAGAACAGGGAUGGGAAUGGAAAGAGAUAGCCUUGAUCCACAGUAUUGUACCUGCAUUUUCUACCACCCUAAAAUUGUGUGAGACUUCUCCCAUUGUUAACAGAUUGCAUGGACAAUCUUCCCUGGCUUCUUUCUUUCCCUCUCUCUUUCUUCUUUCUCCUGCCAUCCUAGCACAGGAGGAUUUUUGGUAUUGAUAUAGUUAAAGCUGUUCUGGCACUCAAAGAAGGCCAUGUUUCCAACAUCCUCUCAUCCCAGGACAUUUGGGGCAAGUGAGUUAGGGGCCCAGGGGCAAUUUUCCCUCUGAAUAAGGGGUCUGAGGCAGGGAUGCUACCCUCAGGCUCGCUUUUGGCCAGCUUUUUGCUUGGGAAAAUCUAACUUCUUUCACAAGGAGGCAGGUUUCCUAUGGAUGUUGGAGUACCUGUUUUUCCUCCACACAUAGCCCUUUUCAUGGAUAGACCUUGAACAACAAAAAGGGUAUAAGGGAAUAAGGAUGAACUCUGCUGUGAAGAGCAAGCCACUGUAGUGAGGAAUGUGGAGACUGGGAGUCUGUCCUAAACCCCAUGGGAGAAGACUUCAUCAUGAAAGGACUUCAGCUUACCAAGCAGCAGCCAUAGCUGUGUGGAGGCUUCAGCAUAGCUAGCAUGUUUACUGCUCUAUGCCUCCUGAUCCAGACCAGGCAUUGCCCAGCCUGGGAAUCUUUUCUUUGUGGGAAUCAAAUUACAAGCUAUUUAAGUUUCUAUUCCAUCACAACCAAGUCAGACUUGUAUUAUAAGUCAAGGAUGAGCCUGAUCUGGGGAGAGGGCCGGGGCUCGGGACUGGCCACCACUGUUCAGCACAUGACCUAACUACGUAAGCCUCUUUGGCAAGGGACCUGGUGCCCAGCACCCAGGCUAAAAUAUCCUGUCUGGCAGAGUGUUUUGGUAGCUAUGCAGGCCUCCCUUCAGUGUACCUCUUUUUCCAACUUCUCACUCCUCCUUACUAGGCUUGGCCUUGACAUGCUUCUUCGAGGGUUGGCAGCACACCGGGAGGGGAUGCUUGGACAAGUUUCUGGGCCUACAUUUCUUGACUAGGCCCUCUCAUUUCCUCCCUCCUUGGGGCUUCUGCCCAGGGCUCCAGGAUCAGGGAUAUUACUUCUCAACCCGCACUUCUCCUCUACUGAACCCACUGGCAUCACCAGAUGCCACUAAUUUGUGAACAACAAGAAAUCAUUUCCCCAUUGGUUGGAGUAUUCCCUCAGCCUAUAGCAUCAAAGCAGAUCAGUGGCCAAUAGCCCCAAGGGGAGCCCAAUUAAAUACCUGGGUUCAGUAUCCUAACCUGUUGUGUCCUGACAGCAAUGGUAACCCCAGUAAUUCUGUAAUGCUGUAAUUUCCGCAUGGCCCUGAGCUCCCUUUUCCUCAACUCAGUGAGGCCAGGAUUUGCUCUCCAAAAGGCUUUGCUAGUGUGUUCUAUGGGACCUGCUGUGGGGAGUCCUAAGACAGACAUCUAAUUAUUCUCUCUUUUUUCCUCCCCUCUCUAUGUGUAUAUUUCUAAUGGAUCUAUAAGAACAGCAACAAGAGAGUUCUAACAAUUCUAGUGUGAAGCCAAAUAGUGAUCUUUUAGUGCUUUGGGGAUGGGGUGGGCUGGGGUGGAUGGAUGGGCAACAGUGACUUUGAUUACCCUUGCUGCUCUGCAUUUGCCAGUUUAUUAUUUUGUUUCUUUUAUCUGACUGACUCUGUCAAACAAGUGUCAAAGUUGUGUGUUAAAAAAUGUUUAACAAAAAAAAUGUUGUAAUGACACAAAGCCUUAUGAAAAUAUUUAUGGAGUUCAAUAAAAGAAGUAAAAAGACA